CACGGAUAGGAUGUUCACGGAAUAUGUUGACAGGACAAAAAGUUGAAACUGUUGGCAGAAACCCAAAGUCAAUAUCGAAGCCAAGGAAAACAUUGCCUGCGGUGCCACAUUAGAACAGCUUGAAGACCGUUCAUUUUUAAGUGACAAGAGACUCACCUCCAAGAAGCAAUUGUGUUUUCAGAAUGAUUUUAUUCAAGCAAGCAACUUAUUUCAUUUCCUUGUUUGCUACAGUUUCCUGUGGAUGUCUGACUCAACUAUAUGAAAACGCCUUCUUCAGAGGUGGGGAUGUAGCUUCCAUGUACACCCCGAACGCCCAGCACUGCCAGAUGAUGUGCACAUUCCACCCAAGGUGUUUGCUAUUCAGUUUUCUUCCAGCAAGUUCCAUCAAUGACAUGGAGAAAAGGUUUGGCUGCUUCUUGAAAGAUAGUGUUACAGGAACCUUGCCAAAAGUACGUCGAGCAGGUGCAAUUUCUGGACAUUCCUUAAAGCAGUGUGGUCAUCAAAUAAGUGCUUGCCACCGAGACAUUUAUAAAGGAAUUGAUAUGAGAGGAGUCAAUUUUAAUGUAUCUAAGGUUAGCAGUGUUGAAGAAUGCCAAAAAAGGUGCACCAAUAACAUUCGCUGCCAAUUUUUUUCAUAUGCCACACAAACAUUUCACAAUGCAGAGUACCGGAACACUUGCCUCUUAAAGCACAGUCCCGGAGGAACGCCUACCACUAUAAAGGUGCUGAAUAACGUGGAAUCUGGAUUCUCACUGAAGCCCUGUGCCCUUUCAGAAAUUGGUUGUCACAUGAACAUCUUCCAGCAUCUUGCCUUCUCGGAUGUGGAUGUUGCCAGAGUUCUCGCCCCAGAUGCUUUUGUGUGUCGAACCAUCUGCACCUAUCAUCCCAGCUGCCUCUUCUUUACGUUCUAUACGAAUGCAUGGAAGAUCGAGUCACAAAGAAAUGUUUGUUUUCUUAAAACAUCUGAAAGUGGCACACCAAGUUCCUCUACUCCUCAAGAAAACACCACAUCUGGAUACAGCCUUUUAACCUGCAAAAGAACUUUACCUGAACCCUGCCAUUCUAAAAUUUACCCGGGAGUUGACUUUGGAGGAGAAGAAUUGAAUGUGACUUUCGUUAAAGGAGUGAAUGUUUGCCAAGAGACUUGUACAAAGAUGAUUCGCUGUCAGUUUUUCACUUACUCUUUACUCCCAGAAGACUGUAAGGAGGAGAAGUGUAAGUGUUUCUUAAGAUUAUCUUCGGAUGGUUCUCCAACUAGGAUUACAUAUGGGACACAAGGGAGCUCUGGUUACUCUUUGAGAUUGUGUAACACUGGGGACAGCUCUGUUUGCACAACAAAAACAAGCUCACGCAUUGUUGGAGGAACAAACUCUUCUUGGGGAGAGUGGCCCUGGCAAGUGAGCCUGCAGGUGAAGCUGAUGGCUCAGAGGCACCUGUGUGGAGGGUCACUCAUAGGACACCAGUGGGUCCUCACUGCUGCCCACUGCUUUGAUGGGCUUCCCUUACCGGAUGUUUGGCGCAUUUAUAGUGGCAUUUUAAAUCUGUCAGACAUUACAAAAGAAACACCUUUCUCACAAAUAAAAGAGAUCAUUAUUCACCAAAACUAUAGAAUCUCAGAAGGGAAUCAUGAUAUCGCCUUAAUAAAACUCCAGGCUCCUUUGAAUUACACUGAAUUCCAAAAACCAAUAUGCCUACCUUCCAAAGGUGACACAAACACAAUUUAUACCAACUGUUGGGUAACUGGAUGGGGCUUCUCGAAGGAAAAAGGUGAAAUCCAAGAUAUUCUACAAAAGGUAAAUAUUCCUUUGGUAACAAAUGAAGAAUGCCAGAAAAGAUAUCAAGAUUAUAAAAUAACCCAACGGAUGGUCUGUGCUGGCUAUAAAGAAGGGGGAAAAGAUGCUUGUAAGGGAGAUUCAGGGGGUCCCUUAGCUUGCAAACACAAUGGAAUGUGGCGUUUGGUGGGCAUCACCAGCUGGGGCGAAGGCUGUGCCCGCAGGGAGCAACCUGGUGUCUACACCAAAGUCGCUGAGUACAUGGACUGGAUUUUAGAGAAAACACAGAGCAGUGAUGGAAACGCUCGGAUGCAGGCGCCAGCAUGAGGAGCAGCCCAGAGUCUUGGCGAGUUUUACAACCUGGGUUCAAGUCAAAUUCUGAGCCUGGGGGUCCUCAUCUGCAAAGCAUGGAGAGUGGCAUCUACUUUGCAUCCUGUCAUAAGGACAAAAGACAGUGCACUCAGAGCUGCUGAGGACAAUGUUUUGCUGAAGCCAGCUUUCAGCAUUCAGUAACUGGGAGCUGAUAAUGUGAAGUCGCAACCGAGAUCUCCAUGAUUGUGUGUCGUAAAAUAAAAUGGUAAAAGAUCACAA